AGCUCUGCCACUCGCCUGGCCGGGGAGAGGCGGUGUCCUGGGGAAGGAAAGGGGUUGUGCCAGGGCUCUGCGGGCAAGGGCUCUUCGGCCGCGGUAGGAAAGGGGCCUCACCGAGGGGAAAGCCGGGGGGGGGCGAGGGCUCGGAGACAGUGUUGAUAAGGGGUGCCCCCGCCCCACCGGGAGGCAGCGCGACGCCCUCCCCUAGGGCUCCCGUCCCACCCUCCACCCGCGAGGAGGAUGCGGAGGCGCCGCGGCCGUGCAGCAUCGUGGGGCGUGAAGCCGGCGGCGGGGACAUGAGCCCGGGGUCCGGUUGGGCCCUGGGGCCGCUCCUGCUGCUGCUGGCACUGCUGCAGUGCGCAGCGCGGCGGAAGGCAGUUGUAAAGAGAUCAGUUCCAGAUGUCUGUGCAACUUGCCACGUUCAUGCUACAUGUCAUCAAAUUGAAGGAAAAAGUGUCUGCAUCUGUAACUAUGGAUUUGUAGGCAAUGGAAGAACCCAUUGUCAAGAUAAAGAUGAAUGCCAGAUUGGAGCCAGCAAGAUCUGUGGAAAUCAUACACUGUGUCAUAAUACACACGGAAGCUUUUACUGUGUUUGCCUUGAUGGAUAUCGAGCCUCCAACAACAACAAGACAUUUAUCCCUAAUGAUGGCACAAACUGUACAGAUGUAGAUGAAUGUGAGGAGUCUGGGCUGUGUGGUCACAAUGCAAAAUGUGUGAAUACUGAAGGAAGCUACAAGUGUUACUGCAAUGAUGGUUAUAAAUUAGAAAAUGGAGAGCGUUCUUUUCAUCCAGAUGGGAAUACAGUUUCAUGCAGAGAAAUUGGAUGUGGUUCCCCUCCUAAAAUGAAGCAUGGCUACGUUGUGGGGAACUACAGCUUGCUACCAGGAAGUGCGGUUCAUUAUGAAUGUAAAGAAGGGUUUUACAGCAACGAGGGGAAGUUCUCAUAUUGCACUGCAAAUGAAACUUGGGAACCUGCCACUUUAAGCUGUAAAGGUGUGGACUGUGGGAUUCCACCCUCUGUUUUAAAUGCACAUCCAGCAUCUGUAAGUGGGACUACAUAUGGAAGUGAAGUUACUUACAAUUGUGUUCAUGGUUACUUUAUGGCAAGUGGCAAUCAGACUGCAGUCUGCAAUGCCAAAGGACAGUGGGAUGGUAUUGAUCUGGUGUGCAAAGAAAUAGACUGUGGCAAACCUUUGCUGAUUCCACAUACAGAAAUGACGUGGGACAACUCUACCACCCUAAGGAGCAGAGUGUACUAUCAGUGUAAAGAAGGAUAUUAUUCUAAUGGAGGCAGGAAUUUUUCAGAAUGCACAAUAGAUCAGUCGUGGGAGAAUAUUACAUUCGUAUGCAAAGAGGAGGAAUUAUUCAGUAAUUUGUCCAUAUUCAAUGAAACGUGUGUGAAGUGGGAAAGGAAAACUGGAAUACUAGGAGUGCAGAAAACAUACACAUUUCACAUACUGGGCCAGAGAUGGGAUGAGAAGAUGUUCUCAGAAGAUGUGGUAUUUAACAUCACGACAAAUGAAGAUAAUCCAAAGGUGUGUUUAGAUCUCGACUCUGGCAGUAACUACGUGGUGAAUAUUACUACAAUUUCUUCCACAGACAUCCCUGUCUCAGUUAUAUUAGCAGUUCAAACAAAGGUAAAGGAAGCUUUCAAUAAUGUACUAAUUUUUAAUGAUACCUGCUUGAAAUGGCAGAGAAAUGUCAGGGGAACUGAUGUGGAAGACAGAUAUUCGUUUCAUGUGCAAGGCCAGCGUUGGUAUCAGAAAGAGUUCUUUCAUGAAAUGAUCUUCGACCUUACUACACACAAGCAGGCUCCAGAAGUUUGUUUUGAUUUGCAGCCAGGCACCAAUUACUCUGUUAAUAUUUCCAUGGCAGCUUUGAAUUUUUCAUUGCUUGUUUCCAUAACAACACAAAUCACAGAUCCCCCUUUCCCAGCUGUAGAAUUUGUUGCAGUAACAGGUUCUGCACCUUUGCUCAGACUUCGGAAAGCAGAAGAUCAAAAUGGACCAGUCAGUUUUUAUCAAGUCAUUGUGCUUCCUCUGGAUUUGCAGAGCACCUUUAUUUGUGACUCCUUUGCUGCUGCAACUUUCUUUAGUAACACCGCUGAUGUUAAAGGAUAUGUGGCAGCUGAAUUUCUGGCGAAGGAUGUUGCCGAUAACAUGCCAGUUUCUCUUGGAGACAGACAUUACUACGGAAAAUUCUAUAAUGCUCCUUUAAAGCUGGGAGAAGAGUAUUGCGUGUUUUUAAGGGUAAUAAGUGAAUGGAAUAAGGUGAGAACACAGUCCUGUGCUAUUUGGGCACAAAUUAAAAAUUUAGCACCCACUCCUACUCACUACAUGACUGCUGUUGGAUUAGGGUCAGUUGCUACUGUCUGCCUUAUACUGUUUCUGACAUUCUCAGCAGCUCGCUCUUAUCUCCACAACACAGUGAGCUCCCCACCUGCUGCUUUAGCCUGCGAAGCUGUGUAUUUAUCUGCCACAGUGGACACAUCACAAAUGGGGAUUACAUCGUCAUUCCUGGAGACUGAAAAUGUGUCUCUUCUCUGAAGUGUUAGCCCCUGAAGUCAGCAUAGAGAAAAUGCGCUCUUCUUGCUAAAGCCAGCAUCUGAUGAAUAUAGAUGUAUCUGCAUAGCAUAUAGAUACUACAGCACGGGCAGUUAAAAUGUGUGUUACUGGAAGUGAGAUAUUUAUUGUCUCCCCUUUUUCCAGAUGAUGUGGUAUGUGAAAGAGAAUCUACCUUCACAAACAGGCUUGUGUCAGGGACAUUAUCAUGCAUCCCGUGCCUUGGCCAAAGGCUUUCAGCUAUUGCAGCUACAUAAUGUAAUAAUGCCUGAUAAUGAGUGUCUGUAUUGUACUUUAUUACAUGAAUAAUCUCCUGAUCCAUUUGAGACUGUUGUGAGGAUCAACUGCUACUUCACAUACUUUAGGACACAUAAACUGGUCCAUUAUGAGAAAAAGCACAGAUCAACGCUUAUGUCAGAUAAAGUGCCUAUUGUAUUUCCAAGUAUAAAGGUAGAUGUUCAUCAGUCACUUAGGAGUAAUAGUACUUCAAUAAUAAGUACAGAGUUGUUAGCCAUAAAAUUGUCACAUUCAAACAGUGUCAGCAGUAAAUAUGUUCCAGAGGCAUUGCAAUCAUUGCUCAUAGCAGUUAGCAAUAAUUGCAAAUAAUAUACCAAUCUAUAAAAAUGCAGUUUGCUGAAAAGUUGAGUAGCCUUAAUGGCAUGUGAAACUAAUUUAAGUAAGGAGCUACCUGUGAUAAAUGCAAUUUUGUUAAUAUCUGUUCUGUAAUUACUUCUGAGUAGAGUCAUUAAAUCAUUAUCUGGUUAAUGAGCUGGUGUGUAACAUCUGGUUAGAGUCACUUAAUAAAGUGCAAUUAACCAAUUUCCUAUGGCAUAUUCCCAGUUAAUAUUUUUUCCUUCUGUAAGAAAGAAUCAAAUCCCUUUGAUUAUUUCCACUCGUGAUCAGAAGUUGCUUUGAGAUAUAUUAGCAAAAUCAUUCUGUUAACUGGUCAAAUAAAGAAGCAAGAGUUUUGGUUUUUAGUUAGUUUUUUUCAUUUUUAUUUCCAAGUUAUGUUUUGUGUGUUUUCUGUUUGAAUGUUAAUAAUCAUACCCAUUUUUGGAAUUCUGUGUGUUCCUGCUUCCUGCUGGCUUUAUAAUUUUAGACUGGAUGUGUAAUUCCCUUUUUGGUGUGUUAAAAGGGUAUUUUAAAGCAUAACAGCAGACUUCAUAGCAGAGAGGAAUUACAAUCAAAGUUACAUGAGAGAAUUUUUAACUGCUGUGGCUAUCUGGGGGUUCUUUUUCAGAUCUGGGCAGAUAUAAUUUCUGUUAUCCAGCAUUUCUACUGCUUACUAAAUCUUCCUUCAAGUUCAGAAGUUUUCUGUAGUUAGUAACUGAGUAAGAACACCUUUGUCUAUGUUAGAGGUUAAGGGUUGGUAAUAUUUUUCUUUGCUGAUUGAGAAAGAACAGCUUAACUGUUCAUACUGGGCUACUGUUACUUUUUUUCUGUUGUUUUUGUUUCUCCUGUAGAAUUCAUUCUCACACAUUCUGCUCAGAAUUUCCUUUCUCAGUGGAAUAGGUUGCCAAGGUUUGGCAUAGCGAAACAAACUGCACCACUUCAUUCUGGUUUAUUCUCCUGCUGGUUCUGGAAUAAAGUUCAUGAACAGCUGUAACUAAGUAAGGGAGAGCUGGAGAGGAAGGGAAUGAUUUGAAGAGAUAGACAUGACAUCCUCUGUUAAAGAAAACUUCUUUCACCUUUUACUAAGACCAGCAGUGUUCCAGUACAUUAUGCAGGACCAGGAGCAGAAAGUCCAUCUUGUCAGUAGGUGUAGUUGGAAAGUUAGGUCUUCAUGUAACCUUCAACAAGUGAUUUAUUUUCUGUGUGUCUCUUCUUUACCUAGCUUGUCUUUUCAUAAUGUAAAGUUUUCAGAGCAGGGUUUCUUCUUAACAAAUACCCCACUUCUGCUUGGGCUUACAUAAUGCAUGUGAUGACUUGUUUGGUAUCUCUGCACAGUAGAGCAGUGCAGCAUAUGGUAUCAUUCAAUAAUACCCAGGAAUAGACCGAUAAGGGAGAAGCAAUGAGGUAGGACUCCCUGCCAUCUUAAGUUCUCCAAAACAGCUAAUGUCCUGUAAGUUUCCCUCUUUCCCUUUGUAAGUUUCCUCCUCCUUUGUCACUCUUACUAGACUCACUCUGGCUGUGGGCCUGUCUUCGUCUGUCAUAUACUUAUCUUUCUUCCAUCUACAUCUGUUUCAGUUUAAUGUGGGAAGCGUAGAGAAAUAAUUUAGCCUUGUGCUCCUCAGAUGAUUGUUCAGAUGUUAGCUCAUUUGUUGUAGUCCUUCUCUUUCAGAAACAUUGCUGUAUUGCUCCCAAGCUUUCCAAUUAUACCUUUAAAAUUCUUUUUAAGGGAAAGUAAAAAGAUUCAAACAGUAGGAAAUUAAGAAGUAGCUAGAUUAGAAAAAGGUUGUUAAAGGUCCUACUUAGAAGAACUAUUGUAGGACCGGACAAAAAGCACGAUACGAAAUUACAGUGGCUGUAGUUAAAAGUACAGUUGUAGAAACAGGCUAGUACCGUGAAAUUGUACAGCUAAUGAAGGCCAGUUUUCUGACAUUUCAUCCAUUGUGAUAGGGUGUCACUGCAAAUACAAACUUUUAGAUUUCUGAUUUACAAAAAUACUUCUUAGGAAAAUAUAAUCCUAAUAGGUGCCACUUUGAAUGAAGCUUUGGAAUUAGGAGUGUGUCUUUAGGGGUACUUUUGUUGCUCAGACUUAUAAUCCUUAUACGCUUUAUGGAACGAUCUAGUGGCUCUGUAUUUUACACAUAGCAUCCUGCCAAACUAAGUGCAACAUUGACAUAAUCACACCCUCACAGUCUGAGAAAUUAUAGUCAUUUCUCAUGAUCCUUCACUGCUGUACCUUGAGUUAACACUGAAAUUCUCCUUUUUCUUCCAAUGUUUUUUGCUCUGCCUCCUCAGGUACAUCACACCCAAGCCUAGUAAGGUAAAGCCAACUGAAGCUGGUCUGCCUCACCUUCUGAUCUGUACCCAUUCAUGGUGCUAUAUUGAGAAACUGGUUUAGCUACACACCAGUGUCUGCAUUAUCUCUGAAGUUUUUUUGUCUAUAGAGGAAACAGGAAAUUGUUAGCCCUGGAUAAACAAUUCUGUUUAAGCUUAAGUGAAACCUAUUUUUAUGUUUUAUUUUGUAAUAGUGAGAGAACAUGCAGAUUACUGUAAAAAUCCAGCAUGUAAUUGUAAUGGUGUAAUUGUAAUGGUGUGUCAAAUGAAAAACCUUUUAUUGUAAAAUACACUUUCUACUACAUGUCACUAAUGGGUCCUUUAAAUCUUCUGGUGAGAUUUCUUUGUUCUGGGCACGAUAGAGACAGACAGAAGCUAUCCAGGCUUUUUUGUUUGUUUUGGUAUUUAUAGUCACAAUUAGUUGUAUGUACAGGGCCAGAUCUGAGGGCCAGUAUGCUCCUUGUUUCUACACACGGUCUCAGAUUUAACUGUUCUUAGUCACUGUUCCUUUUUCCCAGGUCUUGUACUAUUUUGCAGAGCUAUUUCAUAUUCUGCAGCAUUCAGUCAGAGAACAGCAUGAGUGGGCAGAUCCAUGAUCUCUAGUUCAGAUGGAAGUAUUUCUGUUCCUAGUAAUAGCAUUGCUAGGAAGUUAUGAAAGUGUCUGAAAAAUCUAGGGCUGGUGCCUCAGGAUGACUUUCUGAGAGGACUGUGAAAUUAGUUGAUGAUCUCAGUACUGAGCUCUAAUGGAAAGGGACAAGUGUCAGCGUUGCAAAAGCACACCUCCACAGCUGUAGUUCCUGGCAGCAGGAGAAAUGGCUUUAUGAACAGCAGAGACACUCAUUCCUUUCAGCUAUGUCAGAGAUGAGAUGACAGUAUCUGUGGUAUGGCUAUUAUGGAAUUAUUUCCAUUUUGAGGCUAAACAAAAAUGGCACCUUUACAGUCACAAUAAAAAGGGGGACCUGCUCUGAAGUUAUCGCUUUCCCUCCUUCCCCAAAUGUUUGUGUGUAUUUUUUCCAGAAAUACUGCUUUUGUUCCUGUAGUCUUGCUGAAUAAGGUAGUGUGAACUUUUGUGUUUUUCCACCUAGAGGCAGCACAAUUGAUGUACUUCAGUUGCAGUUUAUAUUUUAUGUUCCUUAGUAUCCUUGUUGGAUCACCACGUUGUGAAAAACUAUAAAAUUAUAUAUGAAUAAUGUAUGCGUGUGUGUGUCUAUGUAGUUUGUUCUGUUUCUUCUGUUUCACUUAAGAAGCAACUGAAAAUACAGUCAGAAUUUGACAGCAAGGGUGGGGAAGUUCAGUUUCUGACCCCAAGAGUAUAAAAGGAUUAAUAAAGUGAGAGCAACAGAGAAAGUAUUACAGAAGUAAAGCCAGUUCUUAAUAGCAGGUAAUUUCCAGGCCUGCGUUUUCCUGAGCAGCUUUUAGCCUGUAAUGUUUUAGCUUGACUUUGAAGACAAUUCAUAUAAAAGUCUCUCCUGCAGACAUCCUGGGAGAAGCGAAAAGAGAGCAGAGUGGGUUGCGGUAGUCUGAUGAAGAUGUUUCAGGCUAAUGGGCACAAAUGAGCUAUGCCAAUACGCUAGAUAAAGACUAACGUAACAAGAACAUAGCGGUGGUCUAAGUCAGUUCUCAGCUUUUUCUUUUAGCUGUAUAAGAUAACCUACACAAUUUUGCUUUUGGCUAAUGGAGAUGUGUCAUUUUGCAUUCCUGUGAAUUCUGACCUGUUCUAGGUAUGUUAUUUCCAUGUGUACAAUUGGCCAGUCCUUUCCUAGAACCUGGAAUAGGGUUAUUCAGGCACACAGAAGCAGAGCUAAGUGAAUGUGGAAUGCCAAAUGAGUAGUAAUUGUAAAUAGAAAUGUCUCAGCAGUGCUUCAACAGCAGUUCAUUUUUGCAAUAUUCCAGUCUUUUACUGGGAAAUGAAUAAAAUGUGAUUAUUACAUGA